AUGCUAAUCUGCUUUGAUAAGUUUGCUUUUGCUUCCAUUUUAACAAGUGUGGUGAAUAAUAAUUGGCCCAAUAAUACCUUUAGGCACUGUCUAUGGAUUUUGGGAAAUGAAAGAACCCUGUGUAAUAGUGAAUCUGAUUGGGAAGCCUUAGUCCGUGAUGCUAAGAAUCGCCAAUGUUUCUUUAAUGCCGAUGAAGAUCAUGAUUUGACCAAAGCAAUAUUGGAUGUGAAGAAAGAGUUUGAACAAUUUGACGAUUUGUUCAAUGGGGAUAGCAUACUUUUCAGAAGUGCUAGGUGGAAGGUUUCUUUCAGUGAUAACUUUCUGAAGUCAUUUAAAAAACUGAAGUAUGUACAAACAAAGAAAUUAGUUAUACACCUUCUAGUUAAACUUUCUAGCGGAUGGAGACCCAAGAGGAAGCAUUUAGAUCCCAUAUGUGGAGGUUCUUCACAGACUUUACAGCAAUUUAAGGUUAAAGGUCUUUAUGUUGUUUGUGCAAAUGAUAUAGCAAAAGAUCGGAGUGACGUGGUGACAGAAUUUAGGAAUUUGGAAGUUCCAAAGAGUUGGUCAUGUUCUUCUGAUAUUGUUAGGAUGAAGAAUCUUGAUAGCAGGGAAAAUGAGAUCGAUUUAAGUGGUUCUAAUUCUGAUGGUAGAAGUUAUGUUGAGAAUGUACAGGUUAGUGAGAGUUUGAUGCUGAUGAAAUUCUACUCCUUAUCAUCAGGUGUAGUUGGCCACUUGCUUUCUAAUCAUGAUGCUGUUGAAUUGGAUCUUCCAUUUGACGUAACUGAACAAGAGUUGGAUAUAAUCCUUUUUCCUAGAAGUACCUUUAUACUUGGCCGAUCAGGUACUGGGAAAACAACUGUUUUGACUAUGAAGUUAUUUCAAAAAGAAAAGCUACACCAUAUGGCAAAAGACUUAUUCUAUGGUGUCAAGAGCGAUAGACUUGUGCAUAGUCAGGAAAAGGAAGCCGAGGAGACUAUUGCAGAAAAAGAGCGUGCCGUACUGCGCCAGCUUUUUGUGACAGUCAAUCAUAAACUGUGUUAUGCUGUCAAACAACACGUUUCUCAUUUGAAAAGCUUUGCCUGUGGUGGUAAUUUUUCAAAAGGAAGCAGUUCAAUUGAUUUUGAUGGUUUUGAUGAUGCAGCUCAAUUCAAGGAUAUCCCAGAUACUUUUGUUGAUGUUCCACCCAAGGCAUACCCUCUUGUCAUUACAUUUCAUGAUUUUCUGAUAAUGCUUGAUGGAACUGUGGGUAAUUCAUACUUUGAAAGAUUCCAUGAAGUAAGGGAACAUUCUCUUGGUAAGGUUCGUGGUGGAUCAGUUGCCUUACAGACAUUUAUAAGGAAGAAAGAAGUUGAUUAUGAAAGGUUUAGUUCAUCAUACUGGCCUCAUUUCAAUGACCAGCAGACAAAGAAUCUUGACUCUUCAAGAGUUUUUACAGAGAUUAUUUCUCAUAUAAAAGGUGACCCACAAGCUCUAGAGCCAGGUGAUGGUAUACUCAGUGGUGAAAACUAUGUUUCAUUAUCAAAGGGCCGAGUGUCCAGUUUAAAUAAACAGAAGAGAAAGAUAAUAUAUGAAGUCUUUCAAAAGUAUGAAAAAAUGAAGGUUAAAAAUGGUGACUUUGAUAUGGCUGAUCUUGUAAUUGAUCUUCAUUGUCGAUUGAGAGUUGAAAGAUACAAGGGUGAUGAAAUUGAUUUUGUAUAUGUGGAUGAGGUGCAGGAUCUCACAUUGAGCCAAAUUGCACUAUUCAAAUAUAUCUGCAGAAAUGUAGAAGAAGGUUUUGUUUUCUCUGGUGACACUGCACAAACAAUUGCAAGAGGAAUCGAUUUUAGAUUCCAGGAUAUACGAUCUCUGUUCUACAAAAAGUUUCUACUGGAAUCUAAAAGCUGUGGACAUGAUAAAAGAAAAGAGAAAGGGAUAAUCUCAGAUAUUUUCCAUUUGAGCCAGAAUUUCCGUACUCAUGACGGAGUUCUUAAACUAUCGCAGAGUGUUAUUGAACUUCUUUAUCAUUUCUUUCCCCAAUCUAUUGAUGUUUUGCAGCCUGAGACUAGUCUUAUAUAUGGUGAAGCUCCAAUCUUGCUUGGAUCAGGGAACAAUCAAAACACAAUCAUUACUAUUUUCGGAAAUAGUGGAAAAGCUGGAAAGAGCAUUGUUGGCUUUGGUGCAGAGCAGGUAAUAUUGGUACGGGAUGAUCAUGUUCGGAAGGAAAUUACCAAUUAUGUUGGGAAGCAAGCUCUUGUUCUAACUAUUGUGGAAUGCAAGGGCCUUGAGUUUCAGGAUGUAUUGUUGUACAACUUUUUUGGCUCAUCACCUCUGAAAAAUCAUUGGAGGGUGAUAUAUAAAUAUAUGGAGGAACAAGGUUUACUCAACUCAACUUCUCUCUCUUUCCCAAGUUUCAAUGAGGCUAAACACAAUGUCUUGUGCUCAGAACUGAAGCAACUUUAUGUGGCUGUCACUCGUACGAGGCAGAGGUUGUGGAUCUGUGAGAAUGUAGAGGAAUUCUGCAGACCUAUGUUUGACUAUUGGAAGAAAAAGUGUCUUGUCCAAGUCAAACAGCUAGAUGACUCACUUGCUCAGGAAAUGCAAGUUGCCAGCAGCCCAGAGGAGUGGAGGUUGCGGGGAAUCAAUUUGUAUCAAGAGUGUAACUAUGAAGCGGCAAUAAUGUGCUUUGAGAGAGCUGGAGAUACUUAUUGGGAAAGAAGGUCUAAGGCUUAUGCCCUCAGAGUGACUGCUGACCGCACGCGCCAUUCAAAUCCUAAAGCGGCAAAUGAGAUCCUUAGGGAAGCUGCAGAAAUAUUUGAAGACGUAGGCAUGGCUGAUUCUGCGGCCCAAUGUUUCUCUGAUUUGGGGGAGUAUGAAAGAGCUGGGUGGCUUUAUUUGAAAAAAUGUGGCGAGCCUGAGCUGAAAAAAGCUGGGGAAUGCUUUUCUCUAGCCGGAUGCUACGAACUUGCUGCUAAUGUGUAUGCUAGGGGAUAUUUUUUCUCACACUGUAUGAAAGUUUGCACCAAAGGAAAAUUAUUUGACAUGGGUUUUCAGUACAUUCAGGAUUGGAAACAACAUGCAACUACAGAUUCAGGUGUGGUUAGAAUGGGAAAAGAAAUAGACAAAAUUGAACAAGAGUUUCUAGAGAGUUGUGCUCUUCAUCAUUAUAAGCUUAAGGAUAGCAGAUCCAUGAUGAAAUUUGUUAAAGCUUUUCAAUCCAUAGAUUUGAUGCGCAAGUUCUUGAAGUCUCGUGGUUGUCUUGAUGAGCUUCUAUUGUUGGAAGAAGAAUCGGGAAACUUCUUGGAGGCUGCAAACAUAGCGAGGCAGAGAGGGAAGAUUCUACAUGAAGCUGAUCUCCUAGGGAAGGCUAGGAAUUUCACAGAAGCAUCCUUGUUAAUUCUUUUCUAUGUUCUGUCCAACUCACUUUGGGAACCUGGAAGCAAAGGUUGGCCGUUAAAGCAGUUUACACAGAAGCAAAAGCUUUUAGCAAAAGCCAGGACAUUUGCAAAGAAUGGGUCUGAAAACUUUUUUGCGUUUGUUUGUACUGAGGCUGAUAUUUUAUCAAAUGAGCAGAGUAACUUGUCCAUGAUAGAAAAUUAUUUGAAUGCAGCUCAGAGACAUAAGAGUGUUGGAGGUGAAAUAAUAUGUGCUCGAAAAGUUCUAGAUGCUCAUCUUCAUUCAAACUCCUCAAAGUAUGUAUGGGAAGAUAAUUUUGUUUUCGAUAUGAUAAAGCAUUCGGAACAGAAGAUCGCUACAAAUCAGAUUUCUUUAGAAACAUUGGUUUUCUUUUGGAAUCUUUGGAAAGAUAAGAUUGUGAACAUUAUUAAUUACCUCAGAUGUGCUGAAACCCAAGAUGUUAAUGAAUAUGGUCCAUAUGGAGAUUUCUGCUUGAAUUACUUUGGAGUACGGAAGCAGUUUCAUAAUGAUAAUGUCAUCUAUCUUUUGCUCAACUCUGAUGCUGAUUGGGUGAGCCAAUUGGAUAAUAGAUUCCUUCGUCAGAACAGGAAGGUGGUUUCUAUCAAUUUUCACCAGUUUGUUUCAACUGCUCAAAGUUAUUGGUGUUCAGAAUUACUUUCUGUUGGUAUGAAGGUUUUAGACAGUGUCAAAGCCCUUUAUGAUUUGUCAUUAAAGAUUUCUCUCUCCAUCUUCUGCCAAAGCAUAUCUCUUACUCGUAUCUAUGAGGUUGCAAAGUCUCUUUUGGAAUCCCAAUAUCUGGACCUCAAGUUCCAUGAUAAUAAGGCAUUGUGGCAAUAUGUUGAACUUUCCACUAAUAUCUUUGGCUACAUAUUUCCUCUGGACUGGCAGAAAUCAUUGGCAGAGAACAUGUUUUCUUUGAGAGGAACUGAGGUUAUGAAGAAUUUACUAAAACAAGUCAUAUGUAAGAACAUCGGCUCAAAGGGUAGGCUGACUUACGGGAAAAUUGGAAGAGUUGUAAUGGUAAUUCUUGGAUUGGGUAAGCUUGACAAUGAUUUAUGUACGGAGAUUUUGGAUAGGUUUGGUGGGAUUGACAAUAAUCCGCCCUGGAAGACCUUCAUUCAAACUCUCUUCGUGAAUAUGGGAUCAAAAUUUCUACAUGCUACCGUACCUGACAAUAGAUGUGAAUCUCAAAGAGUGUUAUCCCUUCUGCUGACGCUCAAAGAAGCUUUGGUAAAUACUUACAAAGCAGACAGGAUGAAUGAAGAGGACUAUAUGUCACCUGGUUGUUUUUUGUAUCUUGUUGAGCGCCUACUGAUUUUGGCGUCGUACUCCCAGGGUUACUUUAUCACUUCAAAGUCUUCUUUUGUUGAAUGGUUUAUCUACCAAGAGGGAGAUACCAGCCCAGAUUCCACUUCAGUGGGUGAACUGCAACCAUUGCUUGAAUUGUUUAUCAAUGAAGUUGUUAUGCCACUUAUUGACAAUAAGGAGGAUACAAUGAAAUGGAUCGAAAUGUCUGGCAUAAAUGCGAAAGACUACUAUCCACUGCUGGUGUUGAGAUUGGUUACCAUAAUAUGUUUGGUUCAUCUGAACUGUGGGAAGUUUUCAGAUUUACUUUUUGAUUUGCUUCAAAGGAGCUAUAUUGCUGUGCAACUUCCAUGGGACUUUCAUGUUGUCUUUCGGAGAAGAUUGAAACAUUUCCACAAUGUAAAUGUGAUUGCUGAAGCAUUUAAAAAAAUUAACAAUCCUCUUGUAAUUGUGAGUUUGGGAAAAAAUUGUUCACAAUUUCUAUGUCCAGAUGUCAUUUUUGUGGACAUGACGGUAAAACAUUGCAGGGAGGACAUUUUAAGAGUCUUGUUUCCCGAAGACAGUCAAAGCCUUGCAAGCUCAAACUGA